AUGCACCACUCUAUUUGGACCAAGGAGACGCGCCGAUCCCCAUACCCCUUUCCCUUCCCACAUCCCCUUUCCCUAACCCCAUCCGCCUUCCCCUCCCCCAUCCCCCUUCUCUUUCCCCAUCCCCCUUCUCUUUCCCCAUCCCCCUUCUCUUUCCCCAUCCCCCUUCUCUUUCCCCAUCCCCCUUCUCUUUCCCCAUCCCCCUUCUCUUUCCCCAUCCCCCUUCCCUUCCCGCAUCCCCUUUCCCUUUCCCCAUCCGCCUACCCUUUCCCCAUCCCCUUCUCUUUCCCUAUCCCCCUUCCCUUCCCCCAUCCCCCUUCCCUUCCCCCAUCCCCCUUCUCUUACCACAUCCCCUUUACCUUCCCCACACCCUCCUUUCCCUUCCCCCAUCCCCCAUUCCCUUUACCCAUCCCCCAUCCCUUCCCUGCAUCCUCCUUUCCCUUCCCCCAUCCCCCUUCCCUUCCCCCAUCCCCCUUCCCUUCCCUCAUCCCCCUUUCCCUCCCCCUCUGCUAUCACCUUCUUUUCUCUUUCUGCUACCACCUCCCUUCCCCCUCUGCUGUCACCUCUCAUCCCGUGAUACCACCUCCCUUCCCCCUCUGCUGUCACCUCUCAUCCCGUGCUACCACCUCCCUUCCCCCUCUGCUGUCACCUCUCAUCCCGUGCUACCACCUCCCUUCCCCCUCUGCUGUCACCUCUCAUCCCGUGCUACCACCUCCCUUCCCCCUCUGCUGUCACCUCUCAUCCCGUGAUACCAACUCCCUUCCCCCUCUGCUGUCACCUCUCAUCCCGUGCUACCACCUCCCUUCCCCCUCUGCUGUCACCUCUCAUCCCGUGAUACCACCUCCCUUCCCCCUCUGCUGUCACCUCUCAUCCCGUGCUACCACCUCCCUUCCCCCUCUGCUGUCACCUCUCAUCCCGUGCUACCACCUCCCUUCCCCCUCUGCUGUCACCUCUCAUCCCGUGCUACCACCUCCCUUCCCCCUCUGCUGUCACCUCUCAUCCCGUGAUACCAACUCCCUUCCCCCUCUGCUGUCACCUCUCAUCCCGUGCUACCACCUCCCUUCCCCCUCUGCUGUCACCUCUCAUCCCGUGAUACCACCUCCCUUCCCCCUCUGCUGUCACCUCUCAUCCCGUGCUACCACCUCCCUUCCCCCUCUGCUGUCACCUCUCAUCCCGUGCUACCACCUCCCUUCCCCCUCUGCUGUCACCUCUCAUCCCGUGCUACCACCUCCCUUCCCCCUCUGCUGUCACCUCUCAUCCCGUGCUACCAGCUCCUCCCAUGAAGCCAACACUUCGCCAACCCUUUCACCUUUUUCCCCUGCUUUCACACACUAUUCCGCCAAGCAAUCACUUCCCCAAUUCCUCCCUGCCUCCUUUCUUUCCCCAUGCCAUGCCUCCCCUCGCUUUCCUCCCAUGCCUCAGCUCUGUUUUCCCACUUGUCUCCCCUCUGCUUCCCCCCUUUCUCCCCCCUGUUGA